ACCAUACAUCACACGCCAAUUUUUUUUCUUUUUUGGCACUCAAUUAAAUCAAAUAUUACUGAAAUAAAAAUAUAUUAUUACAUAAUAUUGUAUUACCCAUAGGGUCUUCAAAGUAGACUGAAAUCUCAACAUUUUUGGAACACUUAAUAUCACUUUUUAGUUAAUUAACCAGAGAGUUGGGGUGUAACUAGUUAUGAAUUAUUAGACUACUCGUAUAACUGGAACAGAUUACGGUAUAAAAAUUAAUUAAAAAUUUUUGCCAAAACCAGUUACUGGCAGUGAGAUAGACUACAGAGAGAGGUUUGUCUGGAUUUGUCUAGGCAUUUGCUGCUUGUGGGCAAAGGAGACGUUAGACCACUAGCGUAUCAGUAUAGCUAGACCAGAAGAGAGGACCCCUGAGGUAUGUUACUCACGCCAUGUCUACCAGUACAAUCGAGAACAUUGCAAUAGGGGUGCGGUCAACCACGCCCACAAACACCCGCAAUCUUCGAGACAGACGAAAUGCAUCAAAAAAGACUCGCCGUAGGAUCUCGUUUGCUCUUGACGACAUAAUCUCCCCGGCUCAUCCAAGGGCAUGGCAAGCCUCCCUAAAAGAGAGUUUCACUAACCGUCAAGCUUUUGACAUCAUACUGCUAGACAUUGGCAAACUAGACUCUGAAUUUACGGAGUUUCUUGAGAUGAAUCCUCACGCUUUCGCGGAGAGCCCUCCUCCCUCUUCCUUCUCAAGUCUAACUCGCUACCAGGAAUACGUUGAUGCCUUUAUAUCUCUCUUUGCACAAUCAACGUUUGACUCCAGCGGGAGAGGAGGGAUUGAAAACGAAAUAACGGAGUCCUUAUACGGCAACAGGUGCCCGAGAAAAAAGAUAUUUCGUAGGCUGGCCGUGAAUCCUUUUUAUGUCGCAGAGGAGAAUCCGGAGAGCUCCGAUCGCAUUGUGCUGGAUUGUGGUAGCAUUCCAACCGCGCAGCUAGCACGCAUGUGUGACAUCUCUAUAUUGAAGUUUCUUUCUACCGUAACCGAGAAGACUAACAUUCAUUCUGUGGUGUGGGCCCUGGACUAUCUUGCUGAAAUGACUAAAAGGUUGGAUCUCUCCAUUAGAACUAAAAGUGAGUCCGGCUGGUACGGCGUCACAUUUCGUAAGAGAAAAGACACCAUUCGUCGCUCUGUCAUUGACGUCCCUCAACUAGCCGUGGAUGGUAAAGUCGUAAUUGCACUAGGCCCCACCUCUUCCAUCAAUCCUGAGACGGGCCAGUCCCUUGUUGCCCCUUCCUCCCCCAUAUCAAUACAAGGAGCCACUCCUGUUCCAUCAAUUGCCAUAACUCCCGAGAGCCAGUUUAGUUUAGAGUUGGAUAAGACAGUACAAGCAGCAGCUAGUAAUGCGCCUAAUAUUCCUAUAGUCAGUGAGCCUCCCUCCUCCUCAAAGUUAGAGAGACAGAAUGAGAUCCCAAGAUCACGUGUUGAGUCCAGCGGCCCCCAGAGGAGGUAUUCCACUGCUUCUCGUCCCAACAUACACUCUCCUCUUGCUGAUAGCUCUUCCAGUACUACUGGGCCACAAAGACGCAACUCUGUAGGCUCACGUCCUCCUGGGGGUAUUAUUGCCAGUGGGCGGUUCCCUCCUCGUAAGUCCUCAAUGACGAUGGCACCUUUUAACUACUCCGCUGGUAUUGAGUCGAUAGCUGAAGAAGAGACUGGACCAGAGGAGCCUCCUAAAGAUGAUCAGAGAUUAAGGACUCCGUCUCCGAGCUCUCUCAGGGUGGGGCUCAGACAGCAUGGGGUACCACCAACCAUUGGAGAGUCUUCGAUAUCGCCUUCGCAUGAUUUCUUGCACCCUCUGUCCUCCGGUCAUCCUUCUAUGUCACCUCCUCGUGCCUCCCCUUCCUCCCCUCUCUCCUCCACCUCUUCUCUCUCCCUCAGUAUCCAUGCCUCACCCUCCCCUAAUGAACGAGCUAGUGCCCACUCUACUGACGUCAGUGAAGAGUCCGAGAGUGAAUCCAGUGACAGUGAUGAACAGUCCGUGAGACAGAAGACCCCAGAGCCUCAGGUAAUCAAAGGAGCCACACUGAGUGAGGCUGAUAUUCAACGUGAGCUGCAAUCAUUCAUAACAUACGAAGGACGGAUUAGCUUACUAGCUAUACUCAAAUCAGUCAUACAACUGCCAUCCAGUGCCACGCUCUGGACUGAUGAUUCUUGGGAAGCCUGUCAAAAGUGCUUCUCUUUGAUUCAGUUUUGUAUGGACUUUGGACUGGAAGCAUCUACAAAGGAGUCCCUAAACGAACCAAAGAGACUCAUAAGACAAAGGUCCCUGCUAGGAGCUGACAAGAAGCAAGAGAAAGCCUCGGCUACUUAUUCUCGUCACGUCCUCCAAUAUGCAAUAAAGGCGCUCAUUCAUUGUGCUGUGUGUACUUAUUCCGGCUGCUCUUCUAACAGUUGUCUCCUCAGCUCUUACUCUCUACAGAACACGAGGAAUGCCAGUCAGAACCUCAACAAGAUGACUCAUCUUCUCGAAAGACUCUACUCUAACUCCCCACUCCAGUAUCGGGAUGUGGUGAUGGAGUUCUCGCGUCAGGCGACACUCAAGGAAGUGUUUCAUUUCCUUCAUGUCAUGUUGCAGUAUUGUCCGCGGAGUCCAACUAAACGAGAGAAUCACGAGCCAUCAUCCAGUAUUGUAUUGUCUGCUUCAGUGUUUCGUAUCAUAAUGGAUAGGAUGAUAUUGUUGGAUCUUAAUGAACCGACUGUGAAACAUAAUAUUGUGAGAGAAGCUGUAUCAUUUGUAAACUUUGCCAUGUCGCUAUUCGAUCAGGACUUCAUCAUAAGUAAAGGAUUCAAUCACUUACGCCAUUACGUUCAACGUGUUGCUUGCUCUGUACUACUUCCUAUACCAUCUCCUUCACAACCUCCCCCUUCCCUUCCUCCCCCUCCUCCUCCUCCUACUUUGACUGCCUCUCUCCCUCCCGUCCUCUCUCCUGCUCCUUCUGAUAUGGGGACUUUCCCUCGAAGAAAAGACAAAUCAAAAUCAAAAGAUGAAGACGGGCCGCUGUCUCGUAAGAGAGGUAGAACAGUUACAGGAAUAACAGGACCUGUCGAGGAAACAAGGUCUCCUCUGUUCUCUAGGAAGACACCUCGUGUACAAGUGAAAUCUCCCUCUCCUUUAUCAAAACAAAACUCUGUCGAAAAUGAAUUAAACUCAACUGAUACCGCUACUACUACUACUAAUAAUAAUACCCUCCACUUUAAAGAACAUCCUGUCAUUACAGCACUCAAGGAGGAAUGGCGUGGUUUAAAGAUUGGUGCAUUGCAUCAGAGGAUAAGAAGGUUAACAAUACUACUGGAGCUGAGUGAACCAGGAACAAUACCUGAGCCAUCUCUUCUCUCAUCUCUCUUUAAUGUGGGUCCACCAGGUACAGUAGUUCCAAAGGCACUGGUACUGUUGGAGUGUUGUUUAUUUGUAAAGAAGAUCAACAGUGAAGGAGGCAGUACUGUAUGGUUGAAUCAGAACCAGUCAGGAUCACACUGGGACCUGUUCUACUUAUUGAGGAAAUGGGCUGAAGCUAUUGGAGAUGGACUCAAGGAGUGCAUUAAAAGAGAGAAAGAGCAAUUGUCCAAGGGAGCCAGUAAUGAAGUAGGAGAUGGUUGCACUAAUGUCAUUGAGGAAGAGCCUGUAUUCCCUGAUAAUGAGGACAAUGAUAACACAGAUAAAGUAUAUACUGUCAAUCAUUCUUUAAAGAUGAUGGCUUGUGUGCUCUUAUUGGAAAUAACACGGUUACUACGGCAACCUCCAACAAAGCUCCUCUCUCACGAUGCAGCCUCCUCCUCCUCUUAUCAGAGCUACUCCUCCCAUCAACCCCACCCACCGUCAAGAAAAAUAUCAAACAUCAGUAACUUCUCAACCGAUUCAGAGACAGUAAUAUCAUCUCCUUAUCUCUCCAGCCCUGUAGAGCCAAGAGGAGCUGCUGCUGUGAGACGAAUGAGCUCAGAGUAUCAGCUCCGCCCUAAUAUCUCAGCCAUGGAUGAGCUCCCGAAAUUCAUGUCAGUGGAACAUCCUUUCCCUCCUCCUCCCUCUGACUCCUCUUCUCGUAAAGUGUCCGUGUAUUUGCGUAUCAAUAGUCGUUAUGGACGUAAUGUGGGAGGGUCUUCAUUCCGUAGAGCCCCGCCCUCCUCCCCUAGUUACACCGGGGGGGAUCCGCCUAGCGACAGUCAAAGAGGACAGGGUCCUCAAGCGUCUCCAAAACAGACCCCGAGACGAAUGUCACUCUCUAGUGCUGCCUUUCAUCGUCUGGGGGGCGGAGGGGGAGGAGCAGCCUCACAUGAUGUGGGUGGGGCUGGGCCUAAUAGGAACCUUGGUAUCAACGCUCCUGGCUCUAGAUCUUAUCAGCAUCGUAAGUCAUUCUCCAUCACCCCUAGUCGAGAGACUAACCCUUUCCCUGCCGCAGCUAAGAAGAAGGACUCUACCUCUUCUCAUACUCAAAGAUCAGCUCCAACAAUCCAACCUUCACCCCCUAGUGUUAGAAGGACUGCUAGUAGACGACGUCCUUCGGUGAUAAGUCGAUUCCUUCAAAGAGGACGCCAUGCUUUUAGACGUCCUCGUAUCGACUCCAACAAGAAGCGCUCUAGUACCACGACUCAGGCAUCAUCAGUUAAUUCCAGUCCUAGUUUUGCUCACAGAAGGAUGGGCAGCUAUUCUCACGCUCGGCAAGACAGUAGCUCUUAUUUUCAAAAAGUUGAAGACUUACGUACCAAUUUCCCAUGGCUGGACACUGUGGAGCAUCUCAUAAUAUUCUAUCAUAAAUCAAGCGAAGCACAGAAAGGGAAACAGAGACAGAACUGUCAUGAUCUCAUAUCAGCUCUUAAUCACAUAUACAGCAUACAGUUUGAUGAUACAGAGGAGACUACUCCAGUUCCUUCUACUCACUCAACAGCUCCUGGUAGAUCCAAUGCUAAGCUAUUCCGUCCUCCAUCUCACGUCUCAAUAUCCACUGUAUUUAGUGAUGUCAAUACACUCACUAGACAUAGGGCCUUCCCUACUAACGUCUCUUCAUCUGAUGCUCUUGUCAUGGAGACUCUUAAACUUCUCCCUGGGACUGCAAUGGGAGGGAGGGCAGCUGCUAAGAUCAGUCAGCCUGGAGCUGGUAAUGGCAAUACCAAGAAUUUCUCUCAGAGAUUGGCCAAGCUGGAUUUCUCUGGUCUUCGUUUGAGAUUUUUAUUAGAGUCUGGUAAAGUAUGGGGUAGCCAACCUGAUAACAGUAGUAAUAAUAAUGAUGAUAAUAAUAAUAAUACUGCUGCUACUACUGAUAAGAAUAAUACUAACAAAGAGUUCAAUAUUGUUCAGGAUGAUAUUAAAAGUCUUACUCUUGACUGGUUGAUGGAGGUUGAUUCUGCUGCAUCUCUUGAGCAGUUACUAUCCGAUUACAACCAGCAGAGGAUUGACUAUUGUAACAAUACGCUCUCUGGUCUCUUGCAUGCUCCUUUCUCCCUCAUGACGUUUGCUGGGCCUGUUCUUGAUGCUUCUGUGUUCAGGGACCUUAGACCAGUGGCUUGGGAUGCAUUGCUUGAUGUGGAUGACCCUUAUGCUAACUCUGCUGCUUCUUUCUUUCUCCUCUCGUGUAUCAAAGAGAAGGAAGACAUUAGUUCAGUUUUCAGUAGAAACUCUAAAGUAACUGACCUCAACUCAAUGAGAGGAACCAUUAAAAGGUUUAAGAAGUUGUGGUCAUCCCGUGAUUUAGUAUGGAGCAAGAUGGAAGAUGGAGCAGGGAAGCAUUUCUCAGUUGACGAAGACAAAACUAAAAAAGAUGCACAGAGCAUUGGGUAUUGCCUUCCCCCUCAUUUGAUGGGCUCAUUCGAAGAAGAUCUACCACAUCCUUCAUGGACUCCUAAAUCAGUUUGUAACAAUACACUAUGUACUCAAGGGAUCAGCACUUCAAAGUGCUACCAGUCCACUUCACUGGCUCCUCUCAUUCAUUUGUCUGAUAUAGCAAAUGAUGUAUUGCCUUAUCAUGUUACUAUGAUAAACAUUCUCACUGAUGAUGAUACAGGAGCAUCGACAACACUCAUUGAAGUUGACAAAGAUGAUUAUGAACAUGGUAUCAUUAAUGUAAAGGAUCGUAUUAAAUUGAGUGUUUUUCCUAAUACACUCCUUCCACUGAUUGAUCUGGUCAUUAGGUCAUUGUGCAUGCUUCCUUCAACUUCCUCAUCUUCUGAUAUAAAUGCAACAUCCACUGCACAGCUGUCUGAAUGUGCUGAGGAAGCUCUCUGGCAUUGUAUGUUGGAGCAUCCUCAUGAUCUCUUCCUCCCACUACUGAAUGAGUUUAAUAGACUCUAUCAGAUUGUGAGGGACCAGAAGAGAUAUGCUAAUCUUACUGCUGAGGAAACUGCUGAAGAACAACUGGGUAAUAUUAUUAAACCGUUUCACAUUCUUCUCUGUCAUUUCCCUACUCUGCCGACUAAAGCUGCUCAUUUCCUCUUUAAUCAUUUUGUUGGUAUAAUAAUGAGACACACAGAGCAGCCACUGGAGCUGUCAGACAGUAUUGUACAGAGUCUCUUGGGACUAUUGAGAAUGGUAUUGACAAGCGUUAAGAGUUUAUCAAUGAAAGAACUAAAGAACCAGUUGAAGAAGGAGAGCUGCUACACAUCGAUCCUAACGACUGCCAGAAUAAGAGGAGUCGAGAAAGUAAAGGUAUCAAAUCAAGAGAGUGACACUAAGGACCCUCAAGAGUACAUUAUCGAUUCUGAUGACAUGUCUUUCGUACAUUUGAUUGCUAAAGUCCGUGACAUGGAUCCAACCUCGUCUGAAUUCAUCAGCACCUUUAAUAACUAUUACCUUACUGAUCAGAAAACAGAUCUCCCUGUAUUAAGUAAUCUAAUUAUUCAAGACUAUUACCCGACUGCUCCUGAUGGGUCUUUUCCUCACUUUCAACUCUGCAAGAUCUCGUCAUCCUCGCGUGAUGGAGGGGCGUGGUCUAACACUCGUCAGCUCGAAAUGCUCCAAACUCAUAAAAUGAGUGAAAUAGCUCGAGUCCAGUUUGCAUGUCAGAUGCUGUUGAAGGACACUCUGACAGAACAGAAAUUUUCAGAACCCAAUUCAAUUUUUAUAUUCGAAGAGUUGCUCAAGUCUUCCUCGUUCCCUCGUAAGACUUUGGACAGUGUUGGUCCCAGUGCUUUAUCAAAAUGGCAGCUACGAGUGACUGACUCAAUGCUCAGAGGAGUCUGGUCUAAAUUCAUACUAACAAUAUUCACACAGAUGGAAGACUACCAGCCUGAUGACUGCAUUAUAUUAUACCUAACAGUCCUCAAUGGCUCCCUGUUCCUUCAAAGUGAGGACCUCACCAUACUAAGAAAUACUUUGGCUGCAUUACUGACUGCAGUUGCUAAGUUUAACACUGUCUUUAGAUCAGAGGGUUACCAAAUGGUUGUGCCUAGUCUAGUACAAGUAUAUGCUCUCCACCGCAAGAACAAGAUGGUGACAGCAGCCAUUGAGUAUGCGUGGAUUGCCUUCUAUCGCGUGAAUCAGAACCUAUUCCUCCUACAAGCCAUAUCCUCCAUUGCUAAUCUCUUUAACUGUGAAGUUUCGUCUCUUGCCACGUCACUUGGUGUCAAUUUCUCUCCGCUCAAGUUUGCUGACGAAGAGGAGCUAGCAGGACAGGGCAAUGUAUUGGAGAGAGCUAGUAUAGAUUUAUUGAAGUGUCUUGACUCGCCUGAGGACUCACUUCCACAUGAUCCUAUUGAUAUGCUAGGUGCCUGUCAUAAGGCAGUUAAUGAUUAUUAUGGUAAGAGCAGCACUUGGUCUCCCUGCAGUCUUCAGCAGAUCCUCACACUCUGCAUUACCAUUGCUGCUUAUGAUCCAGAGGAACUGAGAGGAAUGCAAAUAUUAGUGUUCUUGGAUCACCUGAUGCCAUUACUGUUAAGAGAGAAGUGUCUCAAUAAAGACAAAGAUGACAUACUUUUAGCCAACACUGUCAAGUACCUGGUUAAAGGGUGUGACGCCAUUAAGAAAUCACAAGUUCUUAAAGGAGCUGAGUUGUUGGGUUCAGCGAGAAAAGGUGGUCCUCAUCCUCAUCCUGGAGUAGAUCAUUCUGUUGAUCCUAAUGUUGAUGCUAAGCUGUCGGCAUACAUGAAGAAACUGUUGUUCGUUCGUCAUCGUGCUGGGACAUCACAGGACUUGCACGAUCGCUCUGCUACUGAAUUACAGAACGUACCUCCAGGGGAACCAGCAGAACAGCUAACAACAAUUGUUGAAGGAUUCAAGAGUCGAACAAUAAACGAUGUCCAUUCAAACAUUGUCAAUAUUUCUCGUGACUCACUUCUCUCAAUUGCUGCUCAGUUUCUGUCGUACACUUCAAAGCAAGACACUACCAGUACCACCACUAGUAGGAGGUGCCCACUUGACCUAUCAUCUCUAACGUCCAUAGCAUCAAUCGUUGAUAAGAUAAUGAGACAAGGAAUGAAACCAAACUCAUCCCACAUGUUGAUCAGUAAAGGAUUCACUCGUACUCUAUUGGACCUCUUCCCUGCCAUUGAGUGGACCUCAGAAAAUAAAAGUGUCUUCAUUAUUGUGCUGGAAAGAGCUUUCAAGCUGUUCAAGAAGGUUCAAGUCGAAAAUCAGAGAGAUCGCACAUUUUUAACUCAAGCAUUGUGGAGUGGUAUGGAGACAUUGUUGGAAAGCUAUCAUCAGUGUAUCAACAAGUGUCCUUCACUUCUUGACAGCGAACUCAUCUUAAACAAAUUGAAGAACCUUGUUGAUCUGUGUUUAGCUGUAAAGACAUCAGUUGUCACUACUCAACCAUUUACUGCAACCUCUGCAUCAACACGUCAAACAAAACCUUUUAUAUUUGAUGCCGAGCCUUCUUUCAUCUCAACUGUUGUCAAACUCAUCACUGAAAUUAUAGUAGCGUCACACAAAUCAUCGAACAAGAACAAGAUAUUACUACAAACAUUUUUUUCUGGUAAAUUGCACUUUAAAGAGUCCGAGAGCUCCUUUGUCUGGAAGAAACUGUUCCUUCCACUUACUAUUAAUCUUGGAUUAAGAGGAGUUUGUGAGGGACAGGAUGACGCUGAUGCUUUGUUCCUAUUGGAAACGAUAUUUCAGAUUGGCGAGCAAAUCGAGACCAUUAUCAAAUACAGGUCAUUGAAUAACCAGUACAAGAUUGAGAGGUUCUUUAUUGAUCUCAAGGUUAUAUUUGCUGCCUUUAGUCACAAGUUUUCCCUUGACAUUUGGGUCAAGAUUGCUAACAGUAUAUUUACUGUAUCAUCAAGAACUGACUACAUUGUAUUGAAGCCAUUAUCUCUGUCAGGAGAGAGCACAAAUGAGACAUACAUUAGAUUCUGUUCCAUGCAUCUUGAUUUCAUGGAGCAGUUCAUUUUGUUGUCUCGAAUUCCAUUUUACACUGUCGUCUGGCACUCGCUCUUUAUCAUUGAAAAUCAAUUGACAUCUUUAAGUGAGUGCUGUACAUUAGAACAGUCUCAUCCAGUGCGGUCCAUACUCAAUUGCUGCAUACAAAAGUGUCGACGUCUCUCUCAAAUGUCUUCCCUGAAUCCUGUGACACCAAGCAAGCAAGAGCUGCUCAACAAGCUAGAGAAGCAGUUGCAAAAUGGAGGCAUUGGAGGAACAGAGUCUGAAUGUAUACCUCAAUCCCAACCUGGUGGUGUCCCGGGGCCAUCUGGUCUAGAAGAAUCAAGAGCAGCUCCAGUGUUUUCUGGGAAAUCUUCUCUCAGGCGACGCAAUUCAAAGCAACCGAAUUUCCCUGUUAUUGUAGAGGCUCCUGAAUGCCCUGAAGAAACUGAGCCACCAGCGAAUGCAAGCAAAACAAAACCUGCUCUAUUGCAUCAACGUCCAACAACACUGAGUCUCAGAGAAGACGGAAGCGACUCUCCUACUCUUGAAAAGAAAUCAAAGAAAGCUACCUCUCUCUCUACCCCAAAGAGUCUCACUUCGUCUCACCAAGUCAGCUUUGGUAAGGCCUCCUCGACAGAGGGCAAACAGCCUCUUCUAGCUACAGAGAAAGCUAGCAGCCACAAAAGCUCAAGCCCUUCAUCAACUAGUAGCAGCAAAUCCUCUAGCAAGAAGCCCCACAGAAGGAGCCCACGACUGCACAGCAGAAUGACUGACGUAAAAGAGGAGGAUUGUUGGGAUGCUGAUGGCGAAGAGUCAGGCCUGGACACGCCGCGAUCAUCUCUUUCUUAUCCUCACUCUCCAUAUUUAGCUCCCAGCAGUCUUCCAAUUUCUUUGGAUCCUUCUGCUCUGACUGUGACUGCAGAGGUUCACUCUUACUCUCCUCUAUCCCACUCAAUCAAACUACUUGAAGUACCAACACAAACUGGCCCUAUUGAUACCUCAACUGCACCUGAUGGAGGGAGGGCUGGUAAUCGACCUCGAUUAGCUCGUGCCUCAUCUAUACAUGAUCAACCUGACGAACAAACAGGUCAGCCUAGGAAGGACUAUGAUGAUAUCCGGACUACGCCUGAGCCGAUUGAUGAUUUAAGAACAUUCAGGGUGUCUGGUAACAACAUUAGUGUGACUAACAAGCUUUUUGACAGCGCCUUUCAAGAGACAUUUGAUUUAUUGCCAUCUUCAGAUCCCUCUCUUGAAGAUCCUCCUAAUAAUAAUAAUAAUCCUAGUUUACCUUCUAUAGACUCCCAGGAAACAUUAUUAUGAGGAAAUAAUUAUUACGGAGAUUUUUAAUUUGUCAUUAUUGUUUUGUGUAUUUUUAAUCAUGAAUAAUUAUACAGUUUUAAAUAUAAUCUGACAGCUAA